GACAAAAUCAGAAAGAAGAAGAAGGAACACAACGUGCACCGCAAAUAUUUUUAAAAACAUUCCUAUUAACUUGAAUUACGGCCCGAAUACAAUAUUGGAAAGCUAGAAAAUGAAGCUCAGCACUUACAACUUUCUUACCUCCAUGGCCAUUAAAGGUGUAAAGGUGGGAUUUCCCCUCAAGCUGACGAUAAGCAAAAAGGAAGUGGUGGAGAGCGAGUUCAAUCCUACUUUCGUGGAGCGAAUUCUACCGAAAUUGGACUGGUCUGCGGUCUACGGAGCGGCACAGGUGGCGGAACUCACAGAAGACAUACCCGCUGUGCAACCGGAAAACAUUGGCGAGAAUGAGCUGCUCCUGCAGAAGCUGCACCACCUGCUGUUCGAGAUCGACGUGCUCGAGGGACAACUGGAGUGCCCGGAAACAGGAAGGGUGUUCCCCAUAACCGAUGGCAUACCCAACAUGCUCCUCAACGAGGACGAGGUCUAAAUCCGCCCAUUCAAUGCUUUUUGUACUAUAGCCCCAUCUCUCCAAAAACGCAUUAUUAUUAAGUAAGUUUGUUAGUUUUAAAGUCUGUUUAUUUACGAGUUACUAAAAAUAAUUGGAGCUUG